AUGAACGACCACCGGGGCCAAGGAGACCACCGCCGCACUCCAACCCACGCUGGAGAUGGAGACCACUCGUCUUCCUCACGUCACCGUGAAGCCCCCCGGGCUUUUGAAGAUCAAGUUCACUUCCCUCCGCAGGGUCUUUAUCCUCCGCAGGUGGUCCUCCCUCAGCAGGGUUUUUAUCCUCCGCAGGUGGUCCUCCCUCCGCAGGGUUUUUAUCCUCUGCAGGUGGUCCUCCCUCGGCAGGGUUUUUAUCCUCCGCAGGUGGUCCUCCCUCCGCAGGGUUUUUAUCCUCCGCAGGUGGUUCUCCCUCCGCAGGGUUUUUAUCCUCCGCAGGUGGUCCUCCCUCCGCAGGGUUUUUAUCCUCCGCAGGUGGUCCUCCCUCCGCAGGGUUUCCAUCCCCUGCAGGUGGUCUUCCUACCUCAGGAUUUCUACCUCCCACAGGUGGACUUCUUUCCUCCGCAGGUGGACGUCUUUCCUCCGCAGGUGGACCUUGUGGAUGUCCACUCUCCCUCUUCUCCUGUAUCUUCUUCCCCUCCAGAUUCUCCCUACUUUCUUUGUCCUUCCCCAGCACCUUCCUCUCCUGAUGUGGAUCCCUCGUCUCGCUCUGCUUCUUGCUCUUCUGUUUUUUCUUCCACAGAUUUCCAGAGCCCUGAGGAGUUCCUGGACUUCUUUGUCCAGACUCUGGAUUCAGCUCCUGCCUCCCCCACUACUUCUCCUCAGGUUCCUCCUAGCGAUGGUGCAGCUGCCCCUUCCCCACCUGUUUCUGCCCCUCCUUCUCCUCGUCUCUCCUCCCCCUCACGCCCUUUCUCUCCCACUUCUUCCUCGGCCCCUUUCUUGUCUUCUUUUUCUUCCCCAGAUUUCCAGAGCCUUGAAGAGUUCCUGGACUUUUCUCUGCAGACUCUGGAUCCAGCUCCUGCCUCCCCCACUAAUGCUCCUCUUCUUUUCCCUCCCAUCUUUGAUGCGGAGGCGUUUGUUUUAGGUCCAGAGCUUCCUAAUCUUCCUUCAGUGCCUGUUCCAGGUUUCUCUGAUCCAGGAGACUCAGUUCCUAACACUGCUUCUCCCUCUUGUUCCCGUAAACGUAGCAGCGACGAGUGCACUGCUGAGACCAGCUCCAAGAGGCGGCGCUGCUCCUCUCCUGCCUCUUCUCCUCUGACCCGGACCAGGAGCAGAACUGCAGACUUGGUGUUUUUUCUGGUGGGAUCUCUGAACACCUGA